AUGUAUACACGUUGUAAUGUUUUAAAAAACAUUGUUCAAAAUUUUAUUACAUCCAAUUCAUAUAGUCGUUUCAUUCGUUUUCAAUCAUCUACAACGACUAUUACAGCAGAUACUUUGCAAAAUUCGAAUUCAAAUACGAAAAAUCGUCAUUAUACAGAAGAUGUCUUUCUUGAUUUAACAACAGAGUAUAAUCGUAGAAGAUUUGUUCGAAGUGGACUUAUUUCAAAUGCUAUCAAAAAUGUUAAUAAUAAUAUAUCGGAAAGACUUAGUUUAUUAAUAUUAACAGCAGCUGCUCGUUGUAUUCAUCAUGUUACACCAGAUAAACGUGUUCAAUUAUUAGAAGAAGCAUGGAAGACAUUAAAUGAUAAAAAAGUUCGAUUAACAACACGUCAUUAUGAAACAUAUUUAAGUGGACUUAAUGAAAAUGGUUUUAUAUUUGAUGCUGAUUAUUAUUUAAAAUUAAUUGAUAAUGAACAGAUACAAGCAACACCACGUCUUUAUAGUUUACUAUUAACUCAAUAUUGUCGUGAAGGUAACACAGAUCGUGCACAAAAUUUUUUAAAAAUGCUUAAAGAACGUAAUGUAAGCAUUGAUGAAGAUAUAUUUGCUGCAUUAAUUGUUUGUCAACUUAAACUUGGUAAUGAUAAAGGUGCUAAUGAUAUAACACAAAUAAUGAAAGAACGUGGUUUACAACCAACAAUAUCAACAUAUAAAGAAAUUUUAACAGCACUUAUUAGUGAACAUAAAUUAGAACAAUUUGAAUAUUAUUUUGGACAAAUUGAAUCUCAACAACGUCAAACAUCAUCAUCAUCAUCAUCAACUGUUUAUAUUGAUGCACAUUUUGUUGUUAUUUUACUUGGACAAUGUAUUUCAUAUAAAGAACGUCCAAUAUUUGAUUUAUUAUUAAAUACAUUAAAAGAACUUGAUCAUGGCCGUAUGCCAAAUAAUUUAUUUAAUUUAGCUAUACAAUGUGUUACAAAUGAAUGGCAUGAAUCAGCUAUUGAAUUAUUACAAAUGCAAUCGGAAGCUGAUAUUAUUGAUGAAGAAACAUCACCUUAUCAAGGAAUUAAUGGACGUCAUUGGAUACUCUUUUUUAGACAAUUACUUGAUAAUAAUGAACCUCAUCUAAUAGAUAUAUAUCUUAAAUUAAUGAUGGAAAAAAAUUUAGUACCACUUGAUGGUAUUCUUCGUGUUUUAUAUACAACACCAAAUGAAAAUUAUCAUUUAGCACUUAAUUAUCUUGAACGUGGACAAGAAUUAAAUCAUCCAAUGCGUACAAAUUAUUUUUAUCCAAUUUUAUUAAAUAUUUAUUCAUUAAAAACAUGUGAAAAUUGGACAGAUAAUGAUCGUUUACGUUUAUUUCGUUUACUUGAUCGUUUAUCAAUACCAAUUGAAUCAUCAACAUAUUCAAAACUUAUACAACAAGUAUUUCAUCAAUAUUAUCAAAAUAAUUUUAAUUCAUUAUUAAAUAUGUUAUCAAAAAAUAAUUUACAAUCAAUACUUGAUCGUAUAUGUCGUUUAUUAUUAAAUGAUAUACGACGAAAUAUGCUUCAUUUAAAUGUAAUUGAACAAAUAGCACCAUUUUUCCGUUUAAAUACACGUUCAAGACAAGAAGAAUUUUCAAGAUAUUUAUUUUCUACUAUGACUGGUAUAUCACCAAAAUCAGAUGAAUAUAUUGAUGAUGAAAUUGAUAAAAAUUCACAAACAAAAUCUAUGAAUGAUUAUACAACAAUAUUUCAAUUAAUUAAUUCAAUAUCAAAAAAUUUAUCAAAUGAUAUUCCAAUGCUUAAACAUGAAAUAUAUAUACAUUUACUUCGUUUUUCAGCUCAACAGCGUCGAACUGAUUUAACAUUACGAUUAGCUGAACAAUGUAUAAAAGAUAAUAUUAAAAUUGGUGGUUCAAUGAAUGAAAUUGAUAUAUUAACUAGUUAUACAUUACUACGUGAUAUUGUUGAACAAUUAGCACGUUAUAAACCAGGUGAACUGUCAUGGAAAGAAAAACUUUCAACUAUAAAUUUACAAAAAGUAAAUCGUCAACAAUUAGAAGAACUUUAUCAAGAAGCAAAACAAGAUGGAAAAUAUCCAUUGAAUUUACAACAACGUUUAUUAGAUAAUUAUAUACAAAAAAAAUCUUUACAAAAAGCAUUUACUCUUUUACAUGAAAUGGUUUCAAAUAGACAUCAGAUUCAUUCAUCUGUUUUACAUCGUUUAUUUAAUCUUAUAACUGUAAGACUUGAUGAUAAAAGUGAUGCAUCGAAAGCUGAAUAUCGUGAAGAUUUAAAAUUUUUAUGUGAUCUAUAUGAAAAAUCAUUUGGUCUUAUAAAUUUACCAUCAGAAUUAACAUUUCGUUUAGCUCAUAUGUAUCUUCUAAAUGGUGAUCAAGAUAAUGCAAUAACAAUUCUAUCAAAUAAAUUAAAUUCUAAAUUAAAUAAUGAAAUUUAUUAUUAUUUAAUAAAAUUUCUUCAAUUAGAUUCAUCAUUAUUAACAACUGAUGGUUUAACAACAAUAGGAAAUUUAUUUCUUAAUUUUCGUAUUAAUGAACCAAUAAGAAAAUUUUGGAAUUUAUUUUUUGAUAUUCUAUUAGAAAAAACAAGUCCACAAGAUGUUGUACAAUAUUUUUCUGAUGCUAUGAGAGAAAAUAGCAAUAUACCUUAUCUUCAUUUAUUUAAAUUGUUUAUUGAAAAAAAUGAAUUAAAUCGUUUACAAGAUAUUGUUGAUAUAGCAACAUUGCAACAUGGUUCACGUAAUGUUUUACACGAUCUUGCAUUUACAUUAAUCGAAAGUGGAAAAAUCAAACAAGCGGAAAAAAUCUUUCAAACACCAUGGCUUAAAGCAAGAAAUAGUCGAAUUAAUUUACAUGCUUUACUUUUUGCUGAUUCAAAUAAUCUCGACGCAUUAAUUGAAGCUAUAAAAUUAACACGAAAUUUACCUGGUGUUAAUCAAAGUCAAUUAUUUACAUCAGCUAUACGUGUGGCUUUACGUCUUGAUCAAUCUGAUAUGAUCGAUUGGUUAAUCAAAGAAAUACAAGAAAAUCGAAUUCAACUUGAUAUUCGAAUAAAAAAAUAUCUUGAUGCUCAUUUAUUAUCAAAAGGUCUUGAUCCAUUAAAUGUUAAAACUUAUGAAAAUGAAAAUAAAAAUGAAAAAGACUCAACUUCUUCGUCUUCUGAUGAUGAUGAUGACCAUGUACCCAUCCACCAAGACCAGCACAAGAUAAGUGCUCAAAAUUAA